AUGCCCGUUCACGGUGCCUCGUUCCCUUUUCUACUACUCGUCCUCCUGUCCUCCUAUAUCCACGCCGAUGCCCACUCCCAUGAUCCUAACCACCAUCUAAACAACCGGGAUGGCCUCUCUCAUUGGCCCGAUCCCGAAACGGCUUAUACCUUACCACCGGACCCCAUUCCUAUCUCCACACGGGAACACUGGAUGCGCCGCGCAGUGGAAGCUCUAUCCGACCUCAACGAUGGGUUGCCCUGUCCGUUCGCUGCGUUUGGUUGCGUUAUCGUGAACCAUUCGGCCGUCGCGACGGGCAGGGGCGGUAUCGCUGAUGUAGAGCUCGGAGUUGAGCUCGGCAGCGAGGUUUGUAUUGGCGCCAACGCGAUUGUGAAGGAGGGGAAUCCGACAUUGCAUGGUGAGGUCGCAGCCAUAAACAAUUGCACCGCCAUCCUCACGCAUCCCGCGGGGAAAUACAAGCUCACAGGCCCAGAGGCGCUGAAUGCCCUGGGCGAUUUGAGCCUGUACACCACGGCGGAGGCGUGCCCCAUGUGCUCCUCUGCCAUCCUCUAUGGUGGCUUCAAGGAGUAUAUAUUCUCGACAUCGAUUCCGACGCUUCGGGCGCACGACUGGCCUCAGAUCGUGAUCCGAUCGACGGAGAUCUUCGCACGCAGCGUGGGCAGGCUGUCGGCGCACAGGACACGGAUUGUGGGUGACGUAUUGGCGGACGAAACGGAGGAGCUGUUCAAGUGGCAGUUUCGGGACGCGCAGGCAGCGUGUCCGCGAGGGUGUGUAUGGGAGGCAGAUGGAGACGGAGGUCAUGGAGGGUGCGUAAAAGGGGACGGGGAGGCAAAGGGAAUGCAUGCGCACAAGGACGAGUUGUAA